AUGGCGUGCACCAAGGUGUCACUGUUCCUCGUCCUCAACCUCCUGCUCUUCGCGGCGGCCAACGCCUGCCCUUACUGCCCGGGCAACAAUGGCCACGGCAGCAGCGGGCACCAUGGCGGCAGUGGGCAUGGCGGCGGGGGAAGCGGCGGCUACGGCGGAGGCAGCGGGCCGUGUGAGGGCAGUAGCGGCGGCAGCUGGGGAGGCAACGGCGGCGGGCCGGGUAGUGUCGGCGGAGGGUACGGCCCGAUCGGUGGCGGUGGCAGCGGCGGUGGGAUAGGCCCGAUUGGUGGAGGUGGCGGUGGGAUCGGACCCAUCGGAGGCGGUAGCGGUGGUGGCGGGUACGGCCCCAUUGGUGGAGGUGGCGGCGGCAGUGGCAACGACGGCACGAGCGGCUGGUACGGCCACUGCCCGACGAACGCGCUGAAGCUGGGCGUGUGCGCCAACGUGCUGGACCUGAUCAAGGCGAAGGCCGGAGUGCCGGUGAACGAGGAGUGCUGCCCGCUGCUGAACGGGCUCGUGGAGCUGGACGCCGCCGUGUGCCUGUGCACGGCCAUCAAGGCCAACGUGCUGGGGCUCAACCUCAACAUCCCCGUCAACCUCAGCCUCGUCCUCAACUUCUGCGGCAAGGGCGUCCCCACGGGCUUCAAGUGCGCGUAA